UUCCUGAACUUUCCAACUUUCCAUCUAGAGGCCAGAUUCCGGGGUCUUUGAAACUCCACGAUGACUGACUUGGACCGCCAGAUUGCGCAACUGCAGCGCUGCGAGCUCCUCUCGCAAGGCGAGAUCAAGAACCUGUGCGGAAAGGCUCGCGAACUCCUGGUGGAGGAGGGCAAUGUGCAGCGCGUGGACUCGCCGGUGGUCGUGUGCGGCGAUAUCCACGGCCAGUUCUACGAUCUCAAGGAGCUGUUCAGGGUGGCCGGCCAGGUGCCCAACAGGAACUUCCUCUUCCUGGGCGACUUCGUGGACAGGGGCUUCUUCAGCCUGGAGACCUUUCUGCUGCUUCUUGCCCUGAAGGUGCGCUACCCAGACCGCAUUGCCCUUGUCCGCGGCAACCACGAGUCCCGCCAGGUCACCCAGGUGUACGGAUUCUACGACGAGUGCAUGCGCAAGUUUGGGUCCGCGCUCAUUUGGCAGUGGUGCUCCGACGUUUUCGACUACCUCAGCCUGGCGGCAAUCAUCGAUGGCACGGUGUUCUGCGUCCACGGUGGACUGUCGCCGGCCAUCCAAAAUCUGGAACAAAUCCGUGUCCUAGAUCGCAAGCAGGAGGUGCCGCACGACGGGCCAAUGUGCGAUCUGCUCUGGAGCGAUCCAGAGGAUCAGCUGGGCUGGGGAGUCUCGCCUCGUGGGGCUGGUUACCUCUUUGGCUCGGAUGUGGUCGAAGCGUUCAAACACGCCAAUGGCCUGGACAUGAUAUGCCGCGCCCACCAGCUGGUCAUGGAGGGCUACAAGUGGCACUUCGGCCAAUCCGUCCUGACUGUGUGGUCAGCUCCUAACUACUGCUAUCGCUGCGGCAAUGUGGCUGCCGUCGUGGAGAUGAACGAGUUCCUAGGCCGCCAAUUUAUCAUUUUCGAUGCGGCUUCACAGGAGAAUCGAAGUUUUCCCACCAAGAAGCCACAGGCGGAGUACUUCCUCUAGGAGAAACUUUAACUGGACGAGGGAUACGUCUAUCCACUGACUACCAACUCAACUCAUCUAAGAAAAAUCAUAGAAAUAGUGAUUCAACUAUGAAACCUGCGCUUUAAUAAGAAGAAAACUCCAGAAUCCAGUCCAUUUCUCAGGAAAAGAUAGUAUGUAAGCAAAACUAUUAUAACCCAAAAA